AUGCAAGUUUCUUCAUGCUUGUCUAUGUCAAUCUGUUCAUAUCUAUCUAUUGAUCUAUCUCAAUCUAUCUAUCUAUGUUCAUAUUUAUCUCUCCAUGUAUCUCAACCUGUUCAUAUCUAUCUAUCUAUCUAUCUAUCUAUCUAUCUAUCUAUCUCAGUUGGCUAUCUAUCUAUCUAUCUAUCUAUCUAUCUAUCUAUCUAUCUAUCUAUGUUCGUAUUUAUCACUCCAUUUAUCUCAACCUGUUCAUAUCUAUCUCAGUCUGUUAAUAUCUAUCUUAAACUGUUCAUAUCUAUCUAUCCCAGCCUAUUAAUACCCAUCUAUCUCAAUCUUUCAUAUUUAUCUAUCUCAAUCUGUUCAUAUCUAUCUAUCUAUCUAUCUAUCUAUCUAUCUAUCUAUCUAUCUCAUUCUGUUCAUAUCUAUCUCAUUCUGUUCAUAUCUAUCUCAUUCUGUUCUAUCUAUCUCAUUUGUCUAUCUAUCUAUCUAUCUAUCUAUCUAUCUAUCUCAUUCUGUUCAUAUCUAUCUCAUUUGUUCAUAUCUAUCUAUCUAUCUAUCUAUCUAUCUAUCUAUCUAUCUCAUUCUGUUCAUAUCUAUCUCAUUUGUUCAUAUCUAUCUAUCUAUCUAUCUAUCUAUCUAUCUAUCUAUCUAUCUAUCUAUUUCAUUCUGUUCAUAUCUAUCUAUCUAUCUGUCUAUCUAUCUAUCUAUGUUUGA